GUGCGCAUGCGCAUUGCCAGCUCAGCUGACAGCAGCAAUAAUAGCAGGAGUCAGAUGAUCAUGGCAGACUCUGGAAGUAGCGACGAGGUAGCUGUGAUUUGCAACACCGACAUCACUUCAACGGAGUCGGAGAACAACAUAAUAAACACGAUGGUGGAGAGGGGCACGGCUCUGCUGAAGAAAAUGGAGAUAAGCGUGGCAGAGGCUGAUAAGAGGACAGGAAAGAACACGGUUAACAUGCAAGAAACUUACACUGUCUACCUCAUAGAAACACGGCCAGCUGAAUCAGUCUCAGAAGGAGGUACACCAGUGGCACCUGACACUUUGUGGAGACGCUACAGUGAGUUUGAGCUUCUCAGAACAUAUCUCCUGGUCACUUAUCCCUAUAUCAUCGUCCCUCCACUGCCAGAGAAAAGGGCAGAGUUUGUGUGGCACAAGCUUUCAGCAGAUAACCUCGACCCAGAUUUUGUAGAGCGGCGGAGGGUUGGUCUGGAAAACUUCCUGCUGCGUCUUGCAUCACAUCCUGUCCUGUCAAACGAUAGCAUUUUUUUCCUCUUUCUCACAGAGGAGAAGGGAUGGAGGGAAGCAGUCCUGGAGACAGGUUUCCAAGACAAGGCGGACUCCAGAUUAAAGUCAUUAAGUGCCAUGUUCAGAGUCAAGAAUCCUGACAAGCGAUUCACAGCUCUGAAACACUACAGUGAGGAUUUGAGCACCGUCAUCUCUCAGUUACUCAGGAUAAGAGCACGAGUUGCAGACAGACUCUAUGGGGUUUAUAAAGUUCAUGGCAACUAUGGCAGAGUUUUCAGUGAGUGGAGUGCUAUAGAAAAAGAAAUGGGAGAUGGAUUGCAGAGUGCUGGCCACCACAUGGAUACGUAUGCUGCAUCAAUAGAUGACAUUCUUGAAGAAGAAGAGCACUAUGCAGACCAACUGAAGGAAUACCUCUUCUACACAGAAGCUGUCAGGUCAGUCUGUAGAAAACAUGAGUUGAUCCAGUACGAGCUGGAGAUGGCAGCACAGGACCUCUCCUACAAGAAGCAACAGAAAGAAGAGCUGGAGACAGGGACUGUUCGAAUCUUUUCUUUGAAGGGAAUGACCAGUAAAUUAUUUGGCCAAGAGACUCAGGAGCAGAGGGAGAGCAAGGUGGCAGCCCUGGAACAGAGUAUCCAAGAGGGAGAGGAAGCUCUGAAGGAGAAGAACGCAGAGUCCCAAGAGUUUGUAGAGAAAGCAUGGAACGACAUUGAGCGGUUCAAGGAGCAGAAGGAAAAAGACUUGCGUGAAGCGUUGAUCAGCUAUGCCAUCAUGCAGAUCAGCAUGUGUAAAAAGGGAAUACAAGUGUGGUCCAACGCCAAAGAGUGCUUCAAUAAAAUGUGAGCCUUUUCAAUGGCCAAUCAACCACUGCACCAAAAAAAAAUCACCCUUUGGCCUGUCAUCAUUUCAUCUCACUGAGACAGGCUGAGACCGCAAACACUGCCUCCUUUUUGCUUUCAAUGUUACUGAUAUUAUUUCUCCCAACUCCUCCUGUCUCGUUCACUUAUUUACUUGAAAACAGCCCAUGGAGUUAAAAGACAUGUAUUGAAUUGAAUCAUCUUUUAUGAAUGCCUGUGUCUUAAUUGUACGUCAGCAGGCAAUCAAGACUUUAUUCUCCCAUCAUCAGCAUGACCAAGAAGAAAGUUUGGUACAAACUGUUCAAAACUCUAAAAUCAGUGUGCUUUUUGUUAUUUUUUUCUUUCUAAAUAAAUGGAUUUCACAGCAGAUUUCUUUAAGUCCAAUCAUAAGAAGGUUCCUGUUAUAUGUAACUCAAGUUAGUGUUGCCUUCUGUGGAGAACUCUUCAAUAUUUAAUGAAACUGACUAUAAGUGGAUGAAUUUUAGUGGUGAAUACUUGCACCACCAACAGCUUCAAGUUUUGUUGUUUUUUUUUGUUGCUGAUUUGACUAUUUUUUGCUUUACAUGAAACCUACAAAAACAAUUUAAAGCUUUUGUUAAAUUUUAAAUUUCAACAACAGUUUUCUGUAAUAUCCAGGAGUUUGGUGACUCGCCAAAGACGUAUAUAUUUUGAAGCACUUUCUGCCUCACACUACAGACUCAGAAAACCACUACAUUCCCAAGUUCCUUUUAGUCUGGUUUGUCAUGUCAUAUUAGACUUGGUAUAUCUGGUACUGUUAAUUGAAAGCUGACCAAUAUUUUGAUGACCAAGUGCUUUUAAGGUACAGCUGGCUGGUGGAUAAUAUGACUUUGUUUUUCUAAAAGAAAGGAUCUAAGAGUAUGUUCAGUCAAAGGUACAACCUAAAAGUCAAUACUGAGUGUGUACGUGUGUACUACUUUGCAUAACUUGUUAGCUUGUGUGAAAAGCAGCUCAUGUGAGUUCAAAACUCUGCCUUUUCUGUACUGUUGAGCUUUAUUGCCUUAACAAAUCAAGUGGUGUUUUAAAAGAAAUGGCCAAGAAAAGCCUGUCAACCUUUUAUAGCAACUGUCAAUGUGCCUCAACAAUUUUUUCCUCUGUGACCAAAAAAAAAAAAAAGAGGUAACUCAUUAAUUUCAUCUUCACUGUUUGAUAUUUUAUUAACCAAUUGAAUACAUAAGUAACUAUUUCAUCACAACAGUUGAGAAGUGAAAUUUGGUGCCAAAUGGAUCUGACAUCUGAAUGUUGUGCUGAGAAUUGCUGCAAAUCUUUGGGGUUUUUUCAGGAUGUACCAUUUACUGAUAUGUUCUGAAGCUAAGGCAUUAUGUUUGUUUUAUAGUAAAUGAGUCAAAUGUAAUUAUUGUACUAAAACUAAUUGAAAACAUCA